AGCAUGCGCAUUUUUUUAAAGCUAGUUUCCAUAGCAGUGGUGGUGCUCACGGUGUUCGCGCCUCCAGAGAACUUCUUCAACUUAGGACUGACUGAUACCGCCGUGCCAGUGAAUUUGGUCUUAUCAUGGAUACACGCACAAUAUUAUAUAUUGCAUAUCAUUGAUAUCAACUAACUUUGUUUCCUUCUCUAUCAAUUCGAUGCGCGUUUGCGUAAUGAAAAGAUUGCGGUAGCUUAUUGAGACGUCCGGUUGAUUGUUCAGGUGAAACAAACCAUUAUGGGCAAUCAAACUUGGGAAAUAUUCUUCCUUUGACCACGUAUCCGUUCGUUUUAAGCUUCUCGGUGUGUUGGUCGGUUAUUAAACGGUAUCACAUGACAAAUAUGAGCUGUAUUGAAAGACAGCUGAGGCGGACGGCUCCUGCACGUGGAGGCAGCAAGAAUGAGCUGGUGACCCCUUCGACAGAAGCCCUCUCCAGGGUCAAUGGUUGGGCCUGCCCCCCUCACUCCUUCCAGCUGGUGGGGUGGACAGUAUACAGCUACAUGGCUAUAGUUGGCUUGGGGAUCUACAUCCCACUGCUACCUUCACCCUGGAGCCAGAUAACCUACUCUUUGACCGGUACAGCCUUCAUUGUGCACCUGGUCACCCAUCUCGUAGCCGUGUCCGUCGACCCAGCAGAGGCGGGUGUCCGAGCCAAGAGAACCUACUCCAACCCGAUGCCUGUCUUUGACAAGACCAAGCAGCCGCACGUCAUCCACAACCUGCACUGCUACCUGUGUAAAAUCAACGUGGACCCUAAAGUGAAGCACUGCGGCGUCUGCAACAAGUGUGUUGAAGACUUUGAUCACCACUGUAAAUGGCUCAACAACUGCGUGGGAGGGAGGAACUACUGGUACUUCUUUGUGGCGGUGUGUUCUGCUACACUGGGUGUUCUCCUGCUUCUGAUAGUUCUCCUGUUCAUCUUCAUCCAGCACUACAUAGACCCAGCCUGUCUCCGCUCCGCACCUCAGUUCAACAGUGUGUUGAAUAACGGAACAUGGCUGGUCUUUCUGCCCCUGGCGCCGAUGGAAACGAGCUCUGCGUGCCUCCUGGUUUUGGCCUUCCUCACUGUCAUGGUGGCCUCCGCCUCCCUGCUGCUGCUGGGACACCUGCUGUUCUUCCACAUCUAUCUCUUGGCGAACAAAAUGAGCACGUAUGACUACAUAAUGAAGCAGCGUCGAAAACAAGCCGUCGUCCAGGACGUGGAGUUGGGUGUUCCCCAGUCGUCUGAGAGCAACGUAGGAGAGAUUCACACGUCCAUGGAGCCACCUAUCGACUGUGAUGCCUCGUUGUCCCAUAGCAUCGGUAGCUGUAAUUAUCCAGAGAAAGGGAAAAUUUCAAGUCGACUUUCUGGAUCUUUCUGCACUGAGUUGGAAAACUUAACAAAACCACCGGAAAAGGACAAUAGACUGUUCUACGGAACUGAGCAACCCGCCCGGGUUAUACCAGGUGACGUGGGGAUGGACAUCCACAUGGGCUGAAGGCUGGGUGGAGGGGGAGAGCAGGGGCCCUGGUGCAAGGCCCCAGAGUCUGUACAAGGGCUCUGGGUUUACUAGCCUCUGCAAAUCUGGGCAGCUUCAUCACGGGACCCUGAGGGUUCACCUCAGUAGCUGGUCUACGAUACUCUACAGGAGGCCACAGACAUUAUCUAGUCAGCACUUAAAAACCGGAACCCACCCCGCUGAAUGCUAGUCAUUAACAGUGUGAAUGGUGGAGUUUCAACUUGCGAAAUCAUUGUGGAAAUGAACUGAAAUUGACAGCCUGUUUUCACAUCACAAGUGAUCUGCCAUCAGCUACUUUUAACCGUUAGUUGGUGUGUGUGUUUUGUCUUGGACAAAGUUCAUUAGCUGGUGUCUGAUGCUCUAGAGGGCGACAGUCACCAUGUCACCACAGAACUGAGGAACAAAGAGAAAAUGCUCAUGCUGGACUGAAAUAACCAUGAAGCCAUGGACCUAUAUAUGACUCAGUUGUUGCCUGUGACGAUAAGAACUUUGGAUUCUGAGAUUCUAAAAUGCAUCAAGGAAUCUAUAAACCAUCAUUAAAAAUGAUCUAUCACCGGCUGAACACGUUCAAUGAACACAUUGGAUGCAAGCAGAUUUCCUAUUAAAUAGGACAAACAAAUAUUUACUGUGAAGGAUGACAUUUUCCUGCUUUAUAAUAUGCAGUGGACUACUGAAUGCAUGUUGAAUACCUACACAUGUUGGAUAUUUUUGAAAGGAUAUUUUAUUAUUUUAUUGUAACUAUAUGUCAUUUUGCCUUAUUUAUGUUUUAACCAUGUUUUAUUUGUUUAUAUUGCAAUAUCAGGAG